ACUAUCCCAAAUUAGCAUUUUUCAUGAUCUUCACCUUCUUUUCUGCAAUCAAAUCUUCAUAGAAAUACUGAAACCAAUGCUAGUAUUAUUCGUCAUUUAGUACUGUUUUUUUUUUUACUUAUAGAGUUCUUUUUACCAUUUUCACAGUAACGUAAUGAUUUAAAUGAGUUUUUCAAAUAAUUUAGUCAAUUGGUAUCUACGAGACUUCAACACUUAAUUAAGUCAUUUGACUUUUUGCCAAUGUAUAUUUUAAUGCCUCCCCUUUAUCUUCUUCAAAAGUCAACUCCCUACAAAAAAAAAAACAACCUGUUUUUUAUAAAAUUCUGAACAGAAAUAUGGUGGUGUGUUUAUAUUUGGUUUAGUUAAACUCAAAUUGUGUAGAGCAUCACUAAUUCAGAAUGUUGACAGGGGCAAAGUUAUACACCCUCCUCUUUAGUCAUUACCUUAUUUUAAAACUAAUUAUUUUUGUAUCGUUAGUUAGUAUUAAAAUAGUAGAAAGCAUAAUGUCGGAAAUAGUAUAUUGAAAUAGUAUAAUUUUACUAAUUCCACUAACAUUAGAAUAAACCAAAUUCAUAAAAGAAUAAACUUUCAAAUGUCAACUCUCUCUCUCUCUUACAUAGGUGGUGACUCUGUCUCUUCUUCUUCAUUUUGGUUCCACCAUAAAUUAACCAAACUCCCAUUCACACCAUCGAUCUCCUCCUUUUAUGAACCAUCGCUUCAUAUUCGUGUCUUGUUGUUACUUACUUCUUUGACAGAUGGGGAAUGGAGUCACCACUUUGAGCCCAUGUUGCACCGGCACCGACGCCGGUGAAAUCUCCCGGCGAUACGACGUAUCUCUCGUCCACGACGGACUCGGCCACUCCUUCUGCUACAUACGACCGGACGUCACCGGAGUAGCAGUGUCGCCUUCUUAUACGCCGGAGAUUCCUCUCCGAUCAGAACCUAUCCCAGAAACGACCACUUUCCGAUCGAUCUCCGGCGCGUCGGUCAGCGCGAAUCCGUCAACAGCUCUCUCCGGUUCUGCUUCGUCGGACUCGGAUUGUAUGUACAGCUCAGCCUCCGCGUUCGAGAGCUCUGGUAACUUCGCGUCUCUCCCUCUCCAGCCUGUGCCGCGCGGCGGCUCCACGUGUCAGUCGGGUCCGAUUGUUAACGAGUCGGGUCACGAGACGGGUCCGUUUGAGAGGCGGUUCUUGUCGGGUCCGAUUGAAAGCGGGUUGUAUUCGGGUCCGAUAGAGUCGAUGAAGAAGAAGACGACGGAGAAGGAGAAACCAAAGAAGAAGGUAAGAAGAAAAGCCUCGCCGGAAAAAACUAAACCGAAGAAAAAGAAGAACUUUCUCACAUUCAAAGCCUUGUUCACUAAUCUAAUCUCCACCAAUAAACCUAGCUCGAAGAAGAGUGUGAUCGAGCCGAUCAACGGUUCUGAAUCACCAGACUCUGAUCGUCAUCAUGAACCUGAGAUUGUCAACGAGAAUCCUAAACCUGAUCACAAGCGAGAAGCUAAAGAAGAGGAAGAAGAAGAAGAAGAACAGAGGAAAUGCUCUGUUUUGGAUGUUCAAUGGGCUCAGGGGAAAGCAGGGGAAGACCGUGUACACGUGGUCGUCUCUGAAGAAAACGGAUGGGUUUUUGUCGGAAUCUACGACGGUUUCAGCGGUCCAGACGCGCCGGAUUAUCUACUCAACAAUCUAUACACCGCCGUGCAAAAAGAGCUCAACGGGUUACUCUGUAACGACGAAAAGCUCAGAACUUUAGGAGAAAACGGCGACACCCAAAUCGGAAAACGUUCCGACAAGGAAGAUUCCGAUUCGGGGAAAGAGAAUUUCCCUGCAACGACGAACACUGACGCGGUUGCUUCCGGCGCAAGAAACCAAGAGAAGAGUGUGAAAUGGAGAUGUGAGUGGGAGAAUAACGAUACUAAAUCUGACAACGACUGCGAUCAGAAAGGAUCAAACUCGACGAGAACAGACCAUGGAGAUGUCCUGAAAGCUCUUGUACAUGCUUUGAGGAAAACAGAAGAGGCGUAUCUAGAGCUAGCUGAUACGAUGGUUGAAGAGAAUCCUGAAUUGGCAUUGAUGGGAUCAUGCGUUCUCGUGACUUUGAUGAAAGGAGAAGAUGUUUAUGUCAUGAAUGUUGGAGAUAGUCGAGCGGUUUUAGCGAGGAAACCUAAUGUGGUGGUUGGAAGCAGGAGGCAAAAAGAGCUGGAGAGAAUCAAGGAAGUUAGAGAAAUGUUUAUGAAUGGAGCAAUAACGCGUAAUAGUUUGGUUCCUCUACAGCUUAACAAGGAACAUAGCACACGUAUUGAAGAGGAAGUGAGAAGAAUCAAGAAGGAACAUCCUGAAGAUGAUGGUGCAAUAGAAAAUGAUAGAGUUAAAGGUUAUCUUAAGGUCACUCGUGCAUUUGGAGCUGGAUUUCUCAAACAGCCUAAAUGGAACAAUGCACUUUUAGAGAUGUUCAGGAUCGACUACAUCGGGACAUCACCGUACAUCACAUGCUCUCCAUCUCUAUGUCAUCAUAAGCUAACGACACGUGACAAAUUCUUGAUCCUCUCUUCGGAUGGGUUGUAUGAAUAUUUCUCUAACCAAGAAGCCAUUUUCGAGGUUGAAUCUUUCAUCUCUGCUUUUCCUGAAGGCGAUCCAGCUCAACACUUGAUUCAGGAGGUCCUCCUACGUGCUGCCAACAAAUAUGGUAUGGAUUUUCAUGAACUGUUGGAAAUACCACAAGGAGAUCGUCGGAGGUAUCAUGAUGAUAUCUCUGUGAUUGUUAUCUCACUUGAAGGAAGAAUAUGGAGAUCGUCCAUGUGAAUAUUGUUAUUAUUUUUUUCAUGAAUUGAAUCCUUUGAAGAACUAAUUUCAAUAACUCAGUUUGUUUUUUUCUUUUUCCAAUUUGAAUUUUUCUCACAGUAUUUUUCAUUUGAUGUAUUUAUUUUUACCUAAAUAGUUUUGUGAACAAAAAGCGAACCAAAGUGGGCAUAUACAUAUCUUUGGCUUUUCUUGGUUUCCUUGUAAAUCAAAUCAUUUUCUCUUCACUUGAUAUAAUAGAACUUUAUCAAAACCCG